AUGGAACCUUGGCUAAUUGCAAUCAUAGUUUUUGUUGUAUCAACGAUCAUAAUUAUCAUCUUAAGUUUGAUAUGUCGAGCUCAACGCACAUGGGUUGGACAUGGUGGAGGUAGUGGAGCAAUAGGUGGCGGAAUUUGGGCUGGUGGAGGUGGUGGAGUAGAUAAUGUUGGAGGAGGAGGUUAUGAUGGUGGAGCGGAUUAUGCCAUUGGAAUAGGAGGUUUCGGCGGUGCAGGCGAUUAUGGUGGUGGAGGGGGAGGAGGAGGUUUUGGUGGUGGAGGCGAUUAUGGUGGAGGAGGAGGCGGUGGUGGUGGUGGUGGUGAUGGUGGAGGUGCAGGUGGUGGUGCCAGCGCUUGUUGA